AUAACUUGAAGAGAAAUCCAUAAUAACGAGUACAGAGUGGACACAAACGUCGUGGGGGUAUGUAAGAAAAGGGCGGGGAUGGAACAGAAAAAGUGGUGAGAUGGGUCGGAAAAUGGAGUGGGCAGGAAGAGCGGAUCACAUGAGAGGGAUACCUCGGAAGAUGGUGAUCGCCGCCGUGGGGGCAUGUGGGAAAGCGGUGGCGAAUCUGCUCAACUCCACCACCGUUCACAAUGCCGAUACCCUAAUCCGCCUCGUCCGAUCGAGACCUCCCGGCGUUCCUCUCAUCACUGUUAGCAAUCACAUGUCCACGUUAGAUGACCCUGUUAUGUGGGGAUUCAAGGGUUUUCCAAUAGCGGAUGCAAAAUUGGCACGAUGGGUACUUGCUGCAGAAGAUAUAUGCUUUAAAAACACAAUAUACUCAUAUAUUUUCCGGCUUGGGAAAUGCAUACCUAUAACAAGAGGUGGUGGAAUUUAUCAGGAACACAUGAAUGAAGCUCUUGAUCGCUUAAGUGAUGGAGAAUGGCUGCAUACGUUUCCGGAGGGCAAAGUGCUUCAAGAAGAUGCACCAAUUAGAAGAUUAAAGUGGGGAACUGCCAGUCUCAUUGCUCGGGCUACUGUAACCCCAAUUGUUUUGCCCAUUAUCCACCAUGGUUUUCAUGAGGUGAUGCCUGAGAAUUAUUUUCUCGGCAGAAGGCCUCCUUUCCCAUUAUGUAAUAGAAACAUAAAAAUAGUUGUUGGUGAUCCAAUAGAAUUUGAUCUUCCGAAAUUGAGGCAGGCAGCAUUGUCCAGGUCUAGAAGUUUAGUUUCUCCGAGUUCUGGGUGGCCAACUGCCCCUUCAGGGCUGGAUGAGGCAGCACAAAGAUGUCUCUACUCCACUAUAUCAGAGCAAAUUCGAACAGUCAUGGAGAGCUUACGGAAAAUUUUGGUAAAACAUUAGUAAAGUCCCCCAAGGUUUAAAUUUGUUUGGCCUUCUGCAAAGAUUAAAUACUCGGUCCAAGUGUAUCGGUUUUGAAGCAUGUCCAGCACCAAGGGAAAUGCAAGUUGGCCUUUCGGAAACUCUGAUGGCACUGAGGACUCCCAUUCUUCCCUGGAAUUUUAUUUUUCUAUCCGAUUAACUUCUUAAUUUUUGUUAUGGUUAGUUCAUAUAUUGAAAUGUCUAACAUUAGAGAAUAGACAUCAUCUUUUUAAAGUCCACAUGUAUUUUGCAUUACGGACAUGUACCUAAAUUGGAUUGGAAGCAAAUGUUUGGUUGGUUAUAGAGGCAACAUGCCUUCUUUUGAUU